GUUAUGACUUAUGAGUCACCCGUCUUCAAUUCUACCACCACAUACAGAGCAGGAGCAGCGCAGCAGUUCUAGAGAGAGAGAGAGAGAGAAAUUAAAGUUAGCAAUCAAGAAUGGCUCGAGGGAAGAUUCAGAUCAAGAGGAUAGAAAACCAAACAAACAGGCAAGUCACCUACUCCAAGAGAAGGAAUGGGCUGUUCAAGAAGGCUCAUGAGCUUACUGUCCUCUGUGAUGCUAAGGUUUCCAUCGUCAUGAUCUCCACUUCUGGCAAGCUCCAUGAAUACAUCAGCCCCUCUACCACUACAAAGCAGUUGUUCGAUCAGUACCAGAAGACUGUCGGGGUUGAUCUAUGGAGCUCCCACUUUGAAAAAAUGCAAGAGCAGCUCAAGAAACUGAGAGAUGUUAACAGGGCUCUUCGAAGGGAGAUCAGACAAAGGAUGGGUGAGAGUCUGAACGAUCUGAGCUUUGAACAAUUGACUGAGCUCAUAGAAGAUGUUGACAAUUCUAUCAAGCUUAUUCGUGAAAGAAAGUAUAAGGUGAUUGGCAAUCAGAUUGAGACUCACAAGAAGAAGGUGAGGAAUGUGGAAGAAAUCCACAGAAAUCUGCUACUGGAAUGUGAGGCAAGGCAAGAAGAUCCAUAUGGCUUGGUUGAUCAUGAAGGGGAUUAUAAUUCUGUUCUUGGAUUUGCAAAUGGAGGCCACCGCAUAUUAGCUUUGCGCUUGCAACCAGAUCAUCACCACCACCAUCAUCACGGUCACCUUCACAGUGGAGGGGGAUCUGAUCUCACUACAUUUACUUUAUUGGAGUAGUAUGUACUUAAUAUUUCUGAUCAGUUUAACAUUUUACAUGUUAAACUGUAGUAAUUUUUCUAAUGUAUGAACCACUACUCAAACUAACAAUAAGGUUUGGUUUGCCUAGAAUC